AAUGCAUCUUCUUCAUCUUUAGAUUCAAACACUCCUUCCGCUUCUUUGGCUGAUGUCAUCAACGUUCGUGGAAUCAAAAUCGCAGGUUGGACGAUCGAAACGCAUAGAGGUUCAAUCGCCGAUAGUAAAACGAUUGAUGACCUCUCUGAUUCUUGGGGUAUUCCAUUACCGGAAAUGCCGUUUGAUAAGAAUAAAUUGGUGAUCAGAUAUGAUGGCGAACAACAAUCAUGGCAAUAUUCAUUUGAUGGAAUGAGUGCAUUGCAAAGUGUUGAAGGAGUUAGUGAGUCCUCUGCCUUAAAAGGGCUGGAGCUCAAUCAAUCUGCAUCACACCACAAAGGCACAACAAGAUUCGGAGAAAAGCCAAAGAAGAAACGUGUUCAAGUCUCAUAUGCAAACGAAUGGGGUAAAAAGAGAGAUCAACAACAAAAAAGUCGUUCAGAUUCAGAUCAUAUACCUGGACCAGAAUCUAGAUCCAACUUCGGACCAGAAAUUGCAAUGGCAGCUGCAACGAAUUCAAUCGCAACAGCACGAGAUUUUGAUUGGACAUACACCUCUACAUGGCCAGGCAAAGAGGAUGUUUCGAAAGAGAAUGAACAAAGUCUUUUCGCUGCCGGUCAAGAUCCAAAUCGUGAUCGAAUCCCAAUUGAACGUCUUGGUCCACCGCCAACGCCUGGUGCCAAAGCUGAGCCGAUUUUAUUCUUUGAUGAUCUGAUCUUGUUUGAAGAUGAACUUGGUGAUAAUGGAACGAGUCUUCUUAAUGUCAAAAUUCGUGUUAUGCCUACUGGCUUAUUGGUGUUGCAAAGAUUCUUCUUACGGGUCGAUAACGUCGUCUUUCGUGUAUUUGAUACACGAAUGUAUGUUGGCUUUUAUGAUGAUCAAACAAUCAAUUCGCACACACCAUCUUUACAACAAGGACAAAAUAUCUCUAGAGCUACUGAACAGCUCACAAACCUUUCACUCGACUCUCAAUCACAAUCAACGCCCGCUCUGGCCUCACCGUUCCGCGUGAUUCGUGAAUGCAGCGGAUUAGAAGAACCUUACACUGCUAUUCGAUCAAGAUUGCCGCCGUACAAGCCAAACGAUUUAUCGCCUUUGACAGAUGUAGGAUGGGUUGCACAACAAUUGACAAAAAUGGAAGAAGAUCGACAAAGAAAGUUAUUCACAGCACACCAAUCACGAGCAGGAACCCAUCCCGGUACUACCGUAUCACUUGAACAAUCGGAUCCUACGCAACCUGCCGUCUUGCCAAGCGAUACCGUACCGGGACAAGAAUCUAAUCGCAUCUUGGGUGAAGUCGAAGAUGACGCAGAAAAUCGAUGGGAAGGGCAGGGAUAUCGAGUAGAUGUUGCACUGUUG